AUCUGUCGAUGCUAUUAGAUCUUCAAUUGUCUUCAAUAUCUUCAAAUGUGGGUGAACGAUUAAACAAGUAACUUCAAAUGCUAAAACAGCUUGCCAUACCGCCUCUGCGUCACUGGAAGCUGCUAAAGUAAAUCCAGUCAUACAUGACAGGAAAAACGACUGUAGACUGCAACUCCAACUCUUGCUGAGACCAUGACAAGUACAAUGGACUUAAGUGAAGCUCAGAGUCUGUCAGAGCUGAGGAUUGUGUUGAUGGGGUAUAGAUAUGCUGGUAAGAGUUCAUCAGGAAACAGCAUCCUGUGCAGAGAAGAGUUUGACUUGAAGAGAUCUGCUCAGUGUGUGAGGAGACAUGGAGAAGCAGCAGAUAAACACAUCAUUGUCAUUGAAGCUCCAGGAUGGUGGAGAGAUUACAGUGUAGAGUUCAGUCCAGUGUCACUGAAAGAGGAGAUUUUGCUCAGUGUGUCUCUGUGUCCUCCAGGACCACACGCUCUACUGCUAAUCAUUUCUGUGGGCACUGCAUUUAAAGAGCCUGAGAGAAGAGCAGUGCUGGGUCAUCUGGGUCUUCUGGGUGAGAGAGUCUGGAGUCACACUAUAGUGCUGUUCACUCAUGGAGACUCUCUGUCAGACACAUCUAUAGAGCAGCACAUUGAGAGCGAAGGCCAGGAGCUCCAGUGGCUGCUGAACAAAUGUGGGAACAGAUAUCAUGUUCUCAACAAUCACAACAGCAGAGACCACACUCAGAUCAAGCAGCUGCUGGAGAAGAUUGAGGAGACUGUGGCACAAAACAAAGAUGGCCAUUUUGAACUAGACAGAGAGAUUUUACACAGGGUGAAGGAGAGAAGAAGAGCAGAGGAAGAGAGAGCAGAAGAACGAAUGAAGAGGAUGCAGAAACGAAGAGAAAUCAUCAGAUCACAGAUGAGUGAAGCUCAGAGUCUGUCAGAGCUGAGGAUUGUGUUAAUGGGUAAUAGAAAAGCUGGUAAGAGUUCAUCAGGAAACAGCAUCCUGUGCAGAGAAGAGUUUGACUUGAAGAGAUCUGCUCAGUGUGUGAGGAGACAUGGAGAAGCAGCAGAUAAACACAUCAUUGUCAUUGAAGCUCCAGGAUGGUGGAAGAAUCAACCUGUAGAAGACAGUCCAGAGUUACUGAAAGAGGAGAUUUUGCUCAGUGUGUCUCUGUGUCCUCCAGGACCACACGCUCUACUGCUAAUCAUUUCUUUGGGCACUGCAUUUAAAGAGACUGAGAGAAGAGCAGUGCUGGGUCAUCUGGGUCUUCUGGGUGAGAGAGUCUGGAGUCACACUAUAGUGCUGUUCACUCAUGGAGACUCUCUGUCAGACACAUCUAUAGAGCAGCACAUUGAGAGCGAAGGCCAGGAGCUCCAGUGGCUGCUGGACAAAUGUGGGAACAGAUAUCAUGUUCUCAACAAUCACAACAGCAGAGACCACACUCAGAUCAAGCAGCUGCUGGAGAAGAUUGAGGAGACUGUGGCGCAAAACAAAGAUGGCCAUUUUGAACUAGACAGAGAGAUUUUACACAGGGUGAAGGAGAGAAGAAGAGCAGAGGAAGAGAGAGCAGAAGAACGAAUGAAGAGGAUGAAAAAACGAAGAGAAAUCAUCAGAUCACAGAUGAGUGAAGCUCAGAGUCUGUCAGAGCUGAGGAUUGUGUUGAUGGGGUAUAGAUAUGCUGGUAAGAGUUCAUCAGGAAACAGCAUCCUGUGCAGAGAAGAGUUUGACUUGAAGAGAUCUGCUCAGUGUGUGAGGAGACAUGGAGAAGCAGCAGAUAAACACAUCACUGUCAUUGAAGCUCCAGGAUGGUGGAUUGAUAACACUGUAGAGGAGAGUCCAGAGUUACUGAAAGAGGAGAUUUUGCUCAGUGUGUCUCUGUGUCCUCCAGGACCACACGCUCUACUGCUAAUCAUUUCUUUGGGCACUGCAUUUAAAGAGACUGAGAGAAGAGCAGUGCUGGGUCAUCUGGGUCUUCUGGGUGAGAGAGUCUGGAGUCACACUAUAGUGCUGUUCACUCAUGGAGACUCUCUGUCAGACACAUCUAUAGAGCAGCACAUUGAGAGCGAAGGCCAGGAGCUCCAGUGGCUGCUGGACAAAUGUGGGAACAGAUAUCAUGUUCUCAACAAUCACAACAGCAGAGACCACACUCAGAUCAAGCAGCUGCUGGAGAAGAUUGAGGAGACUGUGGCACAAAACAAAGAUGGCCAUUUUGAACUAGACAGAGAGAUUUUACAGGAGAGUGAUGAUGGAGGAUAUGAAGAGGAGCAAAUGAACAAAUUUGAGGAGACGAGAGCACAGACUAUGAGUGGAGAUGAGCGCUCAGACACCUGGUCUCUGCCAAGUUCAGCGUACAGUUCAUUCAGAUCUCGAACUGGAGACUCAGCUUAUGGAUCAUCACGCUCCAGAAAUUCAUAUCACACAGGAUUUGUGUCAGGAGCCAUUAAACGAUAUAACAGCAUGGAAAUACCACCACCAGACUUGAGUGGAGACGAGCGCUCGGACCGGUGGUCUGUGGGAAGUUCAGCUUACGGUUCAUUCAGAUCUCGAAGAGGAGCUGACUCGGUUUAUAGUUCCUCACGCUCUAAAGUCUCUUUGCUGUCCAUCGCUGAAUCUGUGGAAGGAUCAGAAAUAAGAGCACACGGCAAACCCAAGAGCUCAAAACCUCUAAAAAUAUCACAGCGUGAAAAGGAUAAAUAAACAAUUGAGAAAACCUUAAUCAUUACUUGGUGGCUUCGCAAUUAUGACGCUGUAAUUUCAAUCUAAAACAUUUAAAUAGCAGUGUUAUUAAAACUGUCUGUAUAUUUCAAAAAGCCUUUUAAUUACAUUUAUUGUUAAAAUUGUCAAGUAAUUUUUACUUUCUCUGAAGAUUUAGGCUGUCGACAAACAUCAGUACACUGUAUAUAGUUUGUAUUUUUAUACAAGUACUGAAUAUACUUUUCUCAUUCUUAUUGGUCUUUAAAGCUCUACUUGAACACAGUGUGUAAUUCCUGAGUUUACUGUAAAUCUAUAUAUACAUAAUUGUCUCAAUGUAUAGAUGUAAGAAAUACUGUGAAAAUAAGUGUACUUAUGAUAUUGUGUAAUAUAUAGACAAUGCUAACACUGAUUCGAAAAAUUCAGUAUUGCCCAGGAUCGUUAUAACAUUUCAGAUACAACAGAUCAUUAA